GACGUCGAUAUGAUCGUUAGAAUACGUUCAGCAGAUGGUACAUUUAGAUUUGAUCUAAAAGCAGAUGAUACUAUUGAAUUAUUGAAAGAUAAUAUAGUAGAUAAAGCACCUUCACUUGAUAAAGACACCUUAGCGCUUUCAAACGAGCCAAGGGGUGGUGAAACUCUACUGUCGUCACUUUCUGGUAGAAAGUUGUCCGAUUUAGGAAUAAAACACGGUGACCUCUUAUUCGCGUCCUCAGCAAAGAAGGACGAAGAAACAGUGGAACAGUCACAACCUCAAAUACAACAGACGUCAAACAUCCCAGCUAGACCUUGGCAACUUGCAAGGGAUCAUGCAAUUGACCAAUACUGGAGUAAGCAAUCAGGCAGAAUACCUAGACCAACGUCAUCAUCAAAGGAAGGUAAUCUAAACACACUUCCAAUUGAGCCAUACGACAAGGAAUACCAGGCUCAAAAUAACAUCAAACAUCUAUCAUUCCAUGCAUAUUUACGCAAGCUCAAAGAUAAUAAUCCGCCAACAUCUUCAGUUGCUCAAUUACCACCUUUGGAAGAAUUAGAUUAUAAAUAUAAGCAGUGGGUACCAAACGCGAUCACUUUGCAAGUUCAGGAGUAUAGAAUGGUAGAUCACGUUGAGUUCGCUUCAUCUGGCUUAGUUGAAGGCUUACUUAACUUUUGGCGCGCAUCUGGAUUGCAAAGAUUUGGUUUACUUUUAGGUAAAUACGCACCUUAUGAUGCUGUACCAAUGGGAAUAAAAGCUGUUGUCGAAUCAGUUCACGAAAUACCUCAAGAGGGUGAGGUAGAUGGUCUCACGCUUGGUUUACCAUGGGAGGAUCAAGAGAGAAUCGUCGAUUUAGCUAAAAGUGCAGGCUUAGAAGUACUUGGUAUGAUUUACUCAGAUUUAUCACAGCCACCAGAAGCACAAUCGCCAUUAUGCAAGCGCCAUAAGGAUAGUUUCUUCUUAUCCUCACUGGAAUUGUGUUUCUCUGGACAUAUGCAAAAUGCCCAUAAAUUGUCAAGCACUCAAUCUAAAAGUGGGCAAUUUAAUUCUAGAUUUAUUACAUGCGUUCUCAGUGGUACAGCUGAAGGUGGUAUUGAUAUCUCUGCUUACCAAAUUUCUGAUCAGGGGAUGGCAUUAGUUGAUGCAGAUAUUAUAGAACCUUCUGUUGAGCCAUCAACGCUUAGAUUGAAGGAAUCAAAACCAGGUAAAUACAUACCAGAUGUUUUCUAUCGUUUUAAAAAUGAGUACAAUAUUGAGGUAAAGAAAAAUGCUAGACCUUGCUUCCCUGUGGAAUACCUACUCGUUAAUGUUACACAUGGUUUCCCAAAUCAGUCAAAUCCUACUUUCAAGAGAAAUAACUUCCCAAUUGAGAAUAGACAAGGGUACCAAGAUCAAUCAGUUAAUAAAAUGGUAGGAUUAUUCCUACCAGUCGUCUCUGAUAGUAAAGGGUUGGGCUUUGACAAUUCAGAAGAUCUUGAUUUAGGUGCUACAAGUAUAGAAAAGAAAGAAACACUAUAUGACACCCUAAAUGACUGGCAUUUAUGCGCUUUCUUGGAACCAUCUGGAAUGUUCAGCAGGGAUGAAGCAAAGUUGGCUUUGAGAAUUGGUAUUAACAGAGAAGAAAAAGAUUUGAAUAACUUUAUUAGAAGUCCAAGUUGGUUGAAUCUUAUGGCAAUUGCUCGUGAACAAGCCAGCGCUCAAGCAGCUAGUUCGAAUGCACAAUUUGAUGCUGAGGACAUACCACAUGAUGUACUCGCAGCCUCAGAGCAGACAGCCAGGCAAGAGAGAGAACAAAGGGAGCAGGAGCAACGUGAUGUUGAUGUCUCACCUGAAGAUAGAGAGGCUAUUGAAAAUCUUUGUGCAUUUGGUGGAUUUGACUUUGAACAAGCCAAACAGUGCUAUCUUGCAUGUGAGAAGAACACAGAGAUGGCAGCCAACUUAUUAUUUGAAAGUAUGUAAACUAAGUUAUGAUAUGUUGCAUUGAGAUGG